AUGAACAGUAGUACUAAUGGGGUUAGGGUUGUGCACGACACCCGUGUUCUCAACAACCGCGUCCACCGCUCAAUGGAGGGAUGGUCCAUCAUUGAGAAAAUAUCGGAUUUCACACACGCCGUCUGCCGCGUAACAGACGGGCGGGGCACCGCCAUUCUCAUCGCUCUCCCCUCACACGAUUCCUCUCAACCCCCGCAAUCUCAACAAACCUCCAACACUCACGAAAACCCCGGCGUGCUGCUCACCACUUCAUUUGUCUUUCCCACUCGAGAGGAGGCACAAGGCGCUACAGUGACAUUUCUUGAACAACCCGUCGCCGGCACGUUUGCACGACUCGGCCGUCGUGUGCCGCCCGUCACUGCUGGAGUGCGAGUGGAUAAAGUGUUUGUGUGCUCAACAUCACAGGCAGCACCGCGGCGGGCGGCGAGGGCGGCAGAACCAACAUUUAGUGCCGCCACUAUGCGAGAGAAUCGGCGAAUGUUUGCCAUGAAUAGAGAAAACCUUUUACAUGCUGAUUAUGGUGAUAGCAUGCUUAGUGGAGCUAGUGAUGAUGAGAUGUAUGAAUAUGAAUACGAGGAAGAGGAAGAGGAAAGAGAGGAAGAAGAAGAAGAUGCUGAUGAAGAAGAGUUGGGAUAUACACUUACACUCUGUGAUCUUAAACCACUAGAGGAGGUUUGGCAGGGACAUGCUAGUCAAUCUACUUUACCUCCUUUACACGGUGCCUCUGCUUCUCCCUUUUCCACGUCCCUUCCACCAUUAGAUCAUAGUUACACUGUCGGUAGUGUGACGAGUGGAUGUAGUACUGCUGCUGGAGGGCCCGUACGUACUGUAAAUACUGUAAAUACUAGUAACUCAAGUUCAAAUGGACUAAAACUACCUAUAAAACCAUUACCAUUACCAUUGUUACUCUCUCGUAUUGCUCCUGUACGUGUAGGUGAUCAUCAUUUAAUGAUUACACAUAUAAAUGGUACAGAGCGGCAUUAUGUAGUACAAACUGUAAAAAAAGUGGGUAAAGAUUCAUGUGAGUAUGAAUUUUUUGAUCCCUCUAGUGAAUUUAGUAGUGGUGGUCCUAUAUUUGAUAUGCGAGGAGAUUUUGUUGGAGUGCAACAUCAGUGUGGUGACCAUAGUUAUGGUAUUUUUAUUUCAUCUAUUGUUCGACACUUAUUUCAUUUAAAUGUAUUGGGUAUUUGUCGUUUACCAAUUGUUGAUGUUCGUAGUGAUGUGGAAGGGAAUUUUGAUAUGGGAGCUGCAGUACCAGAUGAGGUAUUUAAUCAACCAUUUCAUAUUAAUCAACGGUAUUGUGUAUUGAAUGUUGGAGCAGGUGAUCAACUUAUUGAAUAUGAAGAUUUUAAACGAUUACGUUUACGAAAUAAUAUUCAUGGAUCCACACAACCACCAUCUCUUGUAGCUCCUGAGAGUAUUGCGGUUUGGAGAGAAUUCUAUACAGAUUUUGGAAGUCUUGUUCUCAUUUUACAUGCCUUUUCUCAUUCACCAAAAGUGGUUAAACUUGCAUUGGAAGAAAUGACAAGUCAUGAACACCGUCUUCAUUUAUCAAGUGUAGCAUCUCUUGGUGGUAUUGGAGUUAUAUUAGAAAUUAUUGAUGGUUAUCCACAUAAUGAGGAAAUUGUACUUGCCGCUCUUACUGUAUUGGCUCGAACUUCACUUUAUAAUUCUAAUCGUGAAGCUAUUUACCGUUGUGAUGGAGUUUUAACGGUUUUGGAAAUCAUGAAUGAAUACUCUCAUCAAGCAUAUAUUCAACAAUGGGGUUUCUGUUGUUUAUAUAAUCUAAUGUCUGAAGAUUCACCCAUACGUGUGGAGACGACGCAUCUCUUUAUAUGUACACAAGGUAUAGCGAUAGCGAUGGAAGCUCUUUCUACACAUCGUAAUGAUCGUCAUGUAUUGAGGUAUGCGAGUUUUACACUUGCUUGUGUUGUUAAAAAUAAUGUACGAUAUGUUCCUGAGAUGGUGAGUGGUGGUAUUAUCGAAAUUAUUGUUAAUCGUAUGAAGGAGCAUAGUGAUGAUAAUUUUAUUUUUAUGGGUUUGGCAAACUUGUUAUUGGAGUUACUAAGGCAUGUGGUAUCAGAAGAAGAAGAAGAAGGAGAGGGAGAAGAAAAAGAAGAAGAAGAAAGAGAAGAAAGAGAAAGAGAAGAACAACAACAAGAAGAAGAAGAAGAGAAAAACGAAGAUGCUUUACCAUUAUUGGAUACUCCUUCCAUAUUGUAUAAACCUGAAAUGGAUAUAUUUGAGAAUGGAACCACAACAACAGAUGCCAUUCCCCAUUCCUCCGCCACUCGUUCCUUAUUACUGGGUGAAAGUAAUAAUCGUAGUUUAGAUUCCAUGUGGGGAUGUGAGUUAUUAAAUGAGUUGGUGGAUGCCCAAUUAAUUACAGUUCUCUGCGAUGUGAUGAGUCGAGAAGCGCAGGAGACUUAUUCCAGUGCGGCAGUAACAUUAUUGGAAGAAUGUAUUGCCUCUGUGUUGGUUUUACUGCAAUGCCGAUUGACAGAGUUAAGAGAGGAACUUUCCACUGUGAAGUUAACAGAGACGUGUCAGACAAUUAUGUGUAAUUUCCCUACAGAAAAGGUGUUGAUGCGGCGGUGUACAAAAGUCCUGCGUUUACUUACUUUUCUGUUAUAA